AUGGAGUUGGAGAAAAGCCUCAGCACGCUCGCAAUGCUGUCCGAACGCAGAUUCGCUCACAAGGAAGAUUUCGCUCUCGACGUUGAUUUCCUGGUCCUAAAAAGCGUCGUCCCUAAAUUUCCUGCCCACGACGUGCCCAUCGAAGAUUGGAACCUGCCCCAGGACUUGUUCUAUGCUGAUCCAAACUUCAACCUGAGCUCCGGUAUUGACAUGAUCAUCGGGAAUGAACAUUUCUUCUCAUGCUUCAAGUCUGCCGCCAGAAUUCACUUGUCCGAUUCCCUACCACUGCUGGUAGACAGCGCCUUCGGUUGGAUAGUCUCUGGUGCCGUCAAUACCCCCAAGAACCGUCAAGAAGCAUCCGCUUGCUCCAUCACCACCAUGUCCUUGGUAUCGCUCGAAGAAAGUUUGGAACGUUUCUGGAAGGUAGAGAAACUUCCGACCAGAUCUGCUUAUUCGAUGGACGAGAAGAAAUGCGAAGACCUCUAUGCAUCAACAGUCAGUCGGAACCCUGAAGGACGAUACAUAGUACGACUACCACGCAAACAAAAUUUUGAUGAGCUUAUUGGAGAAUCGAGAGCUACAGCACUGCGUCGUUUCGAGCUCCUCGAGUGCCGACUGGACCGAGAUUCCCAGUUGAAAGAGGAGUACCAUAAGUUCAUGCGAGAGUAUUUGGAGUUAGGCCAUAUGCGAUUGGUGUCCGACGAGGAGAUUGAAGGAUCAAACCAAUGUUUCCUUCCGUAUCACCCCGUGCUAAAGGAGGCCAGCACGACAACAAAGGUUCGCGUCGUAUUUUAUGCCUCCGCCAAGACGUCCUCCGGUCACUCGUUGAACGAAGCAUUACUUAUAGGGCCGGUAGUGCAGGACGAUAUGCACGCCAUUUGCCUUCGCUUCCGAACCUUCCCAGUAGCCGAAGUGAGUGAUGUAGAAAAAAUGUAUCGCCAAGUUUUGCACCAUCCAGACGACACACCGUUCCAACAAAUCCUGUUUCGCUUCCAUGAUGCUGACCCAGUCCAAACCUACCGCCUUCUGACUGUAACGUACGGCAUGGCACCCUCUUCCUUCCUAGCAACUCGUACAUUAGUUCAACUUUCCGACGAUGAAGGAGAUGCGUACCCCCUGGGAGGACCAGCAGUCAAAAAAGGAUUUUAUGUUGACGACUUUAUUGGUGGUGCACAGUCGAUUCCUGAAGCCAUCUGA